AUGCCACGAGAAUCCACCACUGAGGAUGAGAGAAGAGAGAACGAGGAGGACGAGGAUGAAGUGGCAGAAAAGGAAAUUGAAACGAAGAUAGUGGAUGAGGAAGGCACUUUUGAUGACUUGACGGUAUGGGGGCACGAGUGUUUGGUUGAUGCGAGUGGUGAUAUGGUCGUCAGAGGAAUGGAAGAGUGGAUGGCAUGGGCGAGCGCGAUCCACGGCUGCGAGGACGAGAUUAGCAAGGAGGACCAAAAGUCGAAUUCAUAA